GGAAGAAGAGAGGGGAAGAUCUGUUUCUACAGGCCUUUCACCACUUUCAUUAUUUAUUUCCUUAUUAACUGCCAUCAAAACAUUGAUGCUCGAGCGUUCGCGGCUGAGCUCGAGACCCGCGGAACUUCGUAUAGGAUAUCACAUCAGUGAGUGUGUGUGUGUGUGUGUGUGAGUCGCGAUGGCUCGCCCACGACCCCGGGAAUAUAAAGCUGGAGAUUUGGUUUUCGCCAAGAUGAAGGGAUACCCGCACUGGCCGGCGAGGAUUGAUGAGCUGCCAGAGGGUGCUGUGAAGCCACCAGCUAAUAAAUACCCCAUCUUCUUUUUUGGCACCCAUGAGACUGCUUUCCUGGGCCCUAAAGACCUGUUGCCCUACAAGGAAUAUAAAGACAAGUUUGGAAAGUCGAACAAGAGAAAAGGAUUUAAUGAAGGGCUGUGGGAAAUUGAAAACAAUCCUGGAGUCAAAUUCACUGGUUACCAGGGCAUGCAACAGCAGAGUUCAUUGGAGAUGGAAGGAGAGGGCGAAAAUGCAGCUGAUGCGAGCAGUGAGGGAGAGGAGGGCAAUUCUGUUGGUGAGGAAGAGGAAGGAAAAAUGAAGAGUGACAAGGUCGGGUCCAAGCGGAAAAAGAGUUCAUCCUCAAAGAUGUCGUCCAAGCUGUCCAGGAAGUUUUCGGGAGAUAAAGAUCUGCAGAAGGAUGGAAACAAUGAAGAGGAGAAGAGUGGCUCAGAGGCUGGUGACCAUGACAACAACAUCCAAAACUCAGACAAGACAUGCAGUCAAGGGCAGAAUCAGUCACUCCAUGAGGAUCACUAGAUGAUCAGAACAUGGCUCACGAUGGCUCAUAUGUGAUAUUGUAAAUGUACAUUUUGGCAACUUAUACUGAUCGCUUGCAAACUCCCAGACAUUAUUAUACAUUCACAAAUGAUCAUCUGUUUAUUCUGGGUCAGAUCAAUGCAUACCUAGAAGGCAACUGCCAAAUAAAUGAUUCCAUGUAACACACCGCAUAUGUAUGCCUGGGAUUACAUACAAACUACAGUCAUUCCUUCAUGUUGUUUUAAGUUUAGAUGUUUAGAUUUAGCUCCAACCCAUCUCAGAUGUCUCAUCUUUAGCAUAAUUUCUGCUGCUCAUUAAUGUGUGUUGUGUUUGACAAUUCUUUUUCAUAGGAAACAAACAGAGAAACCGGUCAGAUAUUUGUCUGUAAAACAACAUGAUAAUUUUUCAUGCUUUUAUGUAAUCAGACAAAAAAGAAUGGAAAAAGAAGAAUAUGUAUGAAGUAUCGUGCACAAACAGAGUUACGUACUGUAACUCAAUAUUAUCUCCAUACAUUUGAUUUGGGUGUAGAAUGUAGGACCUCUUUACUAUUAGCCCAAUGCUAAAGGUACUGCUCAUCUUUAUAAGACUUAAAAUAUCUGUUUCUGUGUCAGUGAGUUCUAGUGGCAUGCUGGCUUCUAACUUCAUUCCGUAGUUCACAUUUCAUACUUGAGUUUCUGAUGCUGAUAAUGUCAGUCCAUUCAUUCAGACCGUGUUCCCUGCAGAAAACAUGCCCUUGAUUUGUUCAAAUUUGAUUUCCUAUCUUUGUUUUAUAUAAAGAAUAUAUUCUAUUUAUUUUUGAUGAUAGUUGAUGACACAUCUGUGGUAAAUUAUCACUCAUCAAUGUAGUUGUCACUUUAUUUAAAUUUGUAUUACCCUCAUACUUGGGACAUGAUGCAUUUUCAAGGUUUGUAGCUACAUGUAAACUGUAUUUCCUGAUUAUUGACAAGAAUUUUGCAGAAUAAACUCAUUGGAA